UGUAUACUUAAUGUAUUAUGAUGUAAAUAAUUUAUAUGGUGCAGCUAUGUCCGAGUAUUUACCAUUUGCUGAAUUUUGUUUUGUAGAUGAAGCAAAUUUUAAAGAUUUGAAUAUCAUAAAUCACCCUGAUGAUUCCGAAAUUGGUUAUAUAUUAGAAUGCGAUUUAGACUAUCCCAUUGAAUUACACGAGCUCCAUAGUGAUCUACCGCUAGCACCAGAACACAUGAUUCCACCUAUUUCGACAUCUAAAAUGAAGAAAUUACUACUAACGCUGUACCCAAAACGCAACUAUGUAAUUCAUUACAGAAACUUAAAACUUUAUUUAAAAUACGGAUUGAAAUUGGUGAAAGUGCACCGUAUCUUACGUUUCAAGCAGUCAUCGUGGUUAAAAAAAUAUAUUGAUUUAAAUACUGCGAUGCGACAGCAAUCUCAAAACGAAUUUGAUAAAAAUUUUUAUAAAAACAUGAUUAAUAACGUUUAUGGAAAGUUAAUGGAGAAUGUUCGAAAAUAUAAGGACGUACACUUAAUCACAAAAUGGGAUGGGCGCUAUGGUGCUCGUGCUUACAUAUCAAAACCAAAUUUUCAUAGUUGCGAAAUCUUUGAUAAUGACAUGAUCAUCAUUGAAAUGAAUAGGUUAGAGGUACUCUUGAACAAACCUAUAUAUGCAGGGUUUGCCGUUUUAGAUGUUUCGAAAACUUUUUUGUAUGAUUUUCAUUACGGUUACACCUUGUCCAAGUUUAACAAUAAUGUUAAGCUACUUUACACUGAUACUGAUAGUCUUAUAUACUCUUUUACCGUUUCAGAUAUCUAUGAAUGUAUCAAAGAAGAUAUUGCUAAAUUUGAUACCUCUGACUAUAGCCCCACUAAUAUUUUUGGAAUUCCGUUAGUCAAUAAGAAGGUUCCGGGCUUAAUGAAAGAUGAGAAUCAUGGAAACAUUAUGUUAGAGUUUGUAGGUCUUCGUGCAAAAAUGUACGCUUACGCCGUUGAUAAAAAAGUUGUAAAGAAAUCAAAGGGUUCUACUGCGACUAGUAUUAAACAAAUCACUAUAAAUGAUUAUAAAAAUGCUUUAUUUGAACGUGAUAUAAUAAAAAGGUAUCAACAUAUAAUUAGGUCAAAGAAACAUGAAGUUUUUACAAUCAAGCAAGAUAAGGUAGUACUCAGUCCUCACGAUGACAAAAGAAUAAUACAGUUCAAUUCCACUGACACUAGGCCUUGGGGAUAUAAUUUUACAUAGAAUACUAUACCUAUUUCUUUUUUCAUUGCAGAGAUUGUCACUAUGAGCAAUCCUAAAAACAUAAUGCAUGAACAACUAUGGCGAAAUAGCGACCUAAUUUACAAAACUACUCUGAAACGUUCUUUAAUGGGAAAGUCAUCCAAUGAAGAUAAUAAGUUUAUACUUGAUAUGUUACAUCAUAUCAUUAUUCCUGAUGAAUAUUUUGUUUUGUGUGCAGUAAAUUUAAAUUAUGUAGAUGAAGUAAUUAUUAAGACCUUAUUUGACGAAAAAUUUAAAUUAGAUAGGAUUAUCAAAACUUUUAUACAGCUUUGUAAUAAUAAAGGUUAUCACUCAUUAAGUUAUAGUGACGUAGAUAAAAUUUUACAUGAAAUGUGCGAAAUAGAUAACGUACCACUGAAGAUGUAUUUGUAUGACUCGUUAUGUAAUGAUCACUCGUACUGUAUGUUAAGUGAUGUAAAAUCUAGCUUAGAAACUUUUAAUGCUACAUAUAGGAAUACUUCAUGUAUUUUAUCAGAAUGCAUUGAAAAAUCGGCGUAUUAUGCAAACUAUAAGUGUCUCGAAAUUUUGAUUAAGGUACUGCUAGAAAAUAAUAUUAGUUACAUGUUUCAACCGUGGGAAAACGAUGAACAUAGUCAGAUAUACCAUUGGAUAUUACAAAAUAUUCAAAAAGGUGAACAGAAUCCCAAUUUAUGUUUGGGAUGGUCAUGUGGGCCAGAUUCAGGAGCCUGGCCGUCGUCCGAUAUAGAUAGCUAUAAACGUACUUUAGGAUUAUUGUAUCAAUUAAUGAAAUUUUAAAUGUAUAUACUGUGCAUGGUAAUCUCGAUGGUAAUAAAACGAUAUUAAUUGUU